UCAUAUCUCAGAUUUUUCAACUCCUGCUUCUCUCUCUCUAGAUUUCAAAUGCUCUGACCAUCUCUAAGCUAUAUACAUUAUCUCUCUACAUAUACAUUACCAUACUUGCAUACACGCAUUAGAUACACAGCAAUGGAAGGAAAUAAAUCAGCGUACAGCGCGGCGUCGCCCGAGGAGCAGCUGAAUCAUUCGCCGCCGCCUCCAGACAAUGAAGAGAAGACCACUCACCUCAGGUUCCUUUUAUCAAAUGCUGAAGCUGGUUCUGUAAUAGGAAAAGGUGGUGCAACGAUCAAUGAUAUUCAGUCACAAUCUGGAGCUCGUGUCCAGUUGUCACGCAAUUUUGAGUAUUUCCCUGGCACAUCUGAUAGGAUUAUCAUGGUCUCUGGAACAAUUGAUGACGUAUUGAAGGCAGUUAAUCUCAUUCUGUCUAAAUUGCUAGAUGAGUUUUAUCCUGAGGAUGGUGGUGAAACCGAUCCCCAAUCGAAGAUUAGACUGGUUGUUCCGAAUAGCUCCUGUGGUGGAAUAAUUGGGAAGGGUGGAUCCAUCAUAAGAUCGUUGAUGGAAGAAUCCAGUGCUAGCAUUAAGAUAUCUUCUCAGGACACCUAUUACCCUGGCUUGCAUGAUAGGUUGGUGACAGUGUCUGGUUCUUUAGGAGAGCAGAUGCGGGCUGUUGAGCUGAUCUUACUGAAACUGGUUGAGGAUCAAUAUUAUCAUCAAUCUGCACAUGCUCCAUUUCCUUAUCCAGUGGUUGCAUACAAUGGGAUGAACUACGGACCGAAUGCCCCCGGACCAAAGUAUCAGAACAACAGGUCGCCCAACAAGCCACAGGAGGACAGAAGCAGUUCGAUUACUAUUGGCAUUGCUGACGAACACAUCGGAAUAGUUGUUGGUCGUGGUGGAAGGAAUAUUAUGGAAUUGAGUCAGCUUAGCGGAGCUAGGAUUAAGAUAUCCGAGAGGGGUGAUUUCAUGUCGGGGACAUCUGACAGGAAAGUUACGAUCACAGGUUCUCAAAGAUCAAUCCAUAUGGCGGAGUCCAUGAUAUCGGAGAAAAUCGCUUCAGUUGCUGAGAGAGAAUGAGUAGUUUCCUCAACUUGUUAUUUAUUAUAUAUCUUUGUUAAGAUAUUCGUUUCCUCAACUCGAGAUUUUGACAAAGGGACUAAUGAAAGAAAGGAUAUUCGUUUAAUUUAAGGGCGCGUUUGGACUAUCUAAAUUUUUGCAGGAAAUGUUUUUAUCAAGUUACGUUGUAUUUCGGGCGGGGCGAAAAAGAAUUUGAUUCGUUUUGUAUACUGUUGUAAUUCGCUAUGGCUGAACUAUUAUUUAACAUGACUAAACAGGUGAUCUUUUUUUUUUUUUUAAUUAAAUUUAUUUAUGUUUGAUUUGGUUA